AUGGACAGCUUCUCAGCUUCUCCAGGCAUAUUCUUCGUCCAUGGCGGUGGCUUCGAGUGGGGCGGCCCACGGGAGGAUGGCUAUGACUCCUUGUGCUCCAGACUGGCGAGUGGAUCAGGGCAGAUCGUGGUGUGCUGCGACCAUCCGCUUUCAGGGGAUCGGAGGCCCUACAAGGCACCCGAGAUCCUCGCUGCGCUGAUGAAAGGACUCCGCUGGGUGAGCCGUUUCGAUCCCGUCGCCCUCGAGCGGCGUACGGCACCGGCCUCGCUGCUACUGGCCGGCGAUUCGGCCGGCGCCAACCAGGCCUUGUCCUUGCUGCUGCAAAUCCUCUCGGACGAUUCGCUGGAGCGCGAGCUAAAUAUCAGGGGGCUUGUCUUCCUGGUUGUUUGGGGUAGAGUUUUGCUCUUCUCUGCUGCGCAGCUGCGCAGUGAAGCCUUGAUCUCUCCUUGGUUGGACCUCUCCUGCGGUAGCCACACCUAUGUGAGCAACGCCUUCGCCGCGGAGGCGCACACCGGCGACGUGGCGUUCCGGGCGCACGCGGACGAGAACCGCGCCGGCUUCAAGGGCCACUUGACGCACGGUCCGUUCGCGCGCAGCGCUCCACGCGUGCGUUCGGGUUUGAGGUAG